AUGAACGCGGCGACCGGGGACAUCGCGACGAAAAAAAUGUUGUACCAUUACAUCGGCGUCUACUCGGACAAAUCGAAAGAAAGCGAAGAACUGGCGAUGAUGACGAUUAACACGCUGCAAAAAGAUACGAAACACGAAGAUCCAACAAUACGAGGGCUAGCGAUUCGGUCGAUGACGAGUUUGAGGAGCAAGAGUUUAGUGGAGUAUUCGAUCGAGUGCGUGAAGGAAGGGUUGAGGGACGCGCAUCCGUACGCGAGGAAAGCGGCGUGCCUGGGGUGUUUGAAAGUGUAUCGGUUGUGUUGCGCUUCUUCUUCUUCCGGAAGAAAUGGAGCGGAAAAUGAGGACAUUUUGAAUGCGUUUACAGAAUCUGGGAUAUUAGCAACGGUUGAGAAACUUUUACUCGAAGACCGCGACGCGAACGUCGUCGCUAACGCUUUAGUCACCGUCGUGGAAAUCUUUGGAGAAUCCGACCCGCGGUUACAAAACGUAGCUUUACUCACCGCGUUGACGAACAAAAUCCGCGACUUUGGCGAGUUAUCGCAACAUUUAGUCUUGAAACUGACGCAUAGCUACGCCGUCUUGGCGAACGAUGCGAGCAAUAGUAAAAAAAUACCGCCGUUACCGGACGACGUGAAGUACCAGUGGAUGAACAGUCUCGAGUCGCGAAUAUCCUCGCCGAACACUUCCAUAGCGUUAGCCGCCUCUCGAAUCUUUCUCGAGCUGACCAAGAAUGACCCGUCCACGCAUCAACGCGUAUAUGAACGAAUUAAACCGUCUCUGUUAACGUUAGCCACCGCGCAAACGAGCGGCGUCGAAACGUCCGCCGUGGUUUGGGCGCACUUGAAGCUCCUCGCCUAUCGGGCGCCGAUUGCGUUCGUCACGGAUUAUAAAUCGUUUUACGUCCGAGUCAACGCAGAUUCGUUCGAAAUUAAAAGAUGCAAGUUGAGAACGUUAUCGUUAAUCGCCGAUGCGCAAAAUUGCACGCGAAUAGUCGACGAGUUGUUCGAAUACGUCAACGACGUCCAAGACGAACACUUUGCGAGAUUGGCAAUGAAAGCCAUCGGUCGCGUGGCGAGGAAGAAGAAGGAGAGUUUUGCGAUGAUGGACGCAGAGAAGAGGUUGAUGGUGACGAAGAAAAUAUGCGAUGUGUUUGUGGAAACGACUUCGCCGAGCUCGAAAGCGGAUAGUUUAAUCGAAAUUGGUAUGUGUUUGCGACAAUGCGCGACGAGUCAAGAUGGAGAAGAAGAAGAAGAAUCGAAAGAGUGUCGAUCCAUUUGUUGCCAAGCUAUUGAAAGCGCGUUAGAAUCCGUACAGUUUUCCGUGCUUGAUAUGUUUCCUCAAGCGCACAGUGGUGUUGUUUCAAGCGCGACGACUAAAUCUAUAACAAGAGCUCGAUCGAUAUUGUUAUGGCUCCUGGGUGAAUUCGGCGCUUCUGGUUUUAUCGACUCCGCACCGUACGCGUUAGAAUCUUCGAUUGAGAACUUACCAGAGGAAGUGUAUCCAUCCAUUCGAACGGAAACGUUCUUUGCAUCCUUAAAAUUGUUUUGCAAACGCGCGCCGGAAAUGAGGAAGGCGUUUGGGACGUGUUUGAAGUGGUGCGCGACGGAAGAUUCGGACUCGACCGCGCGCGCGACCGCGAGCGUAUACGGAAGCUUGAUGUGCUCCUCCUCGUCGUCUAGGAAGAUUGCUAACGAUUUACUUUUAGCCCACAGUAAAUUGGGGUCGGUGCAGUUCAGCGAAGAGUUGGAAGAACAAGAACGAUUCGAUCGUUUAUUCAAUGAGAUGGACACGCUGGCGAUCACCUACGAGCUCGAAGAGAAGAAAUUUAUCGAUGGUAGUAGUUUAACGAAAACGGAAGAAGAAGAGGAAGAGACCAUUCGACAACGAGCGCAGCAGCGACAACAACAAUUAGAUCAAGAAACGUCUCUGUUACAGUUCGAUGACUUUGAAGCGGCGGACGACGAGGAGAGAGAGUCAUCAUCAUCGCUGAAUCCGAAUCCGUUCCUCGAUCCGUCUCAAUUUCAACUCAAUUGGCAACUCUUUCCAGAAGUCGCGAAGAACCAAUCCGUGAUGAUUUCUCCAUCACUCGGCGCUUUAAUAACGCAAUCGACGUCGGUUUUCAUCGAUCGAUUAAAAUCGAACGGGUUCGUUACGGCAGCAUCCGGCGGCGACGCGACGCAAAUGAAAUUUUACGUUUACACGCAAGCGACGACAUCGGCAAAAUGGUAUCUGAUUGAAUGCAUCGCGGCCGCGAAUAAGUGCGAUUGGACGAUGAAAAGUGAUUCUGUUGAUAAACUGGAGGUGGAUACAGUGUCGUCCCUGUUCAAUUCUAGUCUGUUGUAA